AUGAAUAGCAAUGUAACGCAAGACGCGGAGGAACCUUGCGCGGGUACUCAAAACACUGACAAUACCGAAUCAGCAGAACAUUUUCAAAAAUUUAUAUGCGAAUUGUUUGAGAAAAAUGGUAUACUAAAUGAUUUAAGAACUUACUUAAGAAGACAUAUUGUAACUGUCUUAAAAUGUGCAGAAGCAGGUAACACACCUGUAUGUCAUCAGAAUUUCACGCAACGCUUAGAGCUUACAUUUCAAGCACUUAACAUUCUCAUUGCUGAGUAUUUACUGACUUUAGAAUUCAGCUAUACUCUAUCAGUGUUUGUAUCCGAGAUACCAUUGGCAAAUAUGGUAUUUGAUUAUGCUAAAUCAUUGAUGGGAAGCGAUAUUCAGGAUGUAUCUGAAGUCAAGUUCACGGACAAUGAUGUAUGGUCUAUACUUAAUUAUUUAGGAGUACAGUGUGAUUCUGAACAUGCUUUUCAAAUAUUGGAAAUGUACAGAAAUAAUGAACAAUUAUCCUUGCUGUUAUGUAUAUUAAAAUGUAUUCCCAUGUAUCAGAAAGGUCUGGUGGAUGCUGGUCAAGAGUUAUCUUCUGUCGAAAGUUUAUCGAGUGAAAAAAGUUCCGAUACUUUAUUAAACAAAGGCAAGGUUCCACAUCGAAACCCAUCUAGACAAGAGAAGUGCAAGCACUUCUCACAUUGUAAGGCAUGCCAGAGUCGUAUGUCGAAGAUCAAAGAGAAGUUUAAGAAGAAGAAAAAGCAGUUUUGUAAAAACAUAAAUCAAGAAGUGAAAUCCAUUAAAUUGGAAAAUAUUAUGAAGAAUAUCGGCGUUUUGGAACGCACCCUCAUUAAUGAGAUGUUCCAAGAAGUAAAAUCCGUAUACGAAGCGGAGGUGGAGAUGGUAAAAGUGGAAGAAGAUAAAAAAGUAAAGCGUUCUAUGGCAAGCCACGCGUUGCAAUUGCAGAAGGAACGAGAAGAGUUAGAAGAGUCGUUCAAGGCUCGUAAGGCAGAGUUGGAACACAACGUGGCAGAGAAGAAAAGGUUUCUAUGGGGCCUGGCCCGUGCGUUGCGCGAACAGCACAAACAUAUGACGCGUGCUAUGCUCGAGGUACAGACAGAGACUAAACGACUCACAGCUAAGGAAGAUAACUUAAAAGCUCGGCUAGCGGAAGCAGAACAAAUGAUAAGAAAACGUGCAGAAGAAAUGCGCACACAGAUCUCAGAAGAGUUGGCCACACUUGAACGACACCUGUCUUCCAUAAAACAUGAGCGAGACAGCAUUAACAAAGAGCGUUCCGAACUCGAAACACUGAAAGGCAUAGAAAAUGACACAAGCAAAGUUAUUAAAGUGCAUGAUAUGGAAAACGAGGAAAUUCAGUCACAGUAUGAUUUGAUUAAGAACGAACUUGUGACGUUAAAGAAGUAUCUAGAAACGAGCAAAUUGAACCCACGGAGUGUUACGGAGAAAGGCACGCUCACGGACUUGAGAAACGUGAGUUCAAAUUUCAAUGUCAGCUUGAAUAACAGUCACAAUGCGGAGAAAUUUAGAAGCGAUGCUUUCGAUGAUAGAGUGAAGAAUCAAGUUGUCAAUGACUUUAAGAAGAAAAAUGUCAACUUUACACCGUCGAAAGUAGAUGAGCUGUAUCGUGAACAGUCGUACGCGCACACUCGAUCGUCAGAAUCUAGCGAGAUGGGAGACACCGCGCACCCCUCACAGGCACACCGCAGUGAUGAUGUCGAGGCAGACACUGUGCACAGGCUCAAGGAAGAAAACAACAGACUCAAGGAAUGUGCCAGACAGCAACAGUCGCACAUCGAGGCGCUGUCUCGCGCGGCGGCGCGGGCGUGCACGUGCGCCGUGCUGCGGCCGCUGGCGCCCGACCGCUCCACCGUGUCCACGCCCACGCCCUGCCAGCCGCAGUACUUCCUGCACAGUGUUAAUACGUGUGCGUCAGCGAACACUGUGAGCAUGAGUUGGUACAAGGGAGCCGGCGAGGAGUUGAGCGUGUUUAGUGACGCCCAGCCCAGGAUACUUGUGCCCGGUGACAGCAUACCCUUUGUAGGAGUAAUAAGAGAUAGAGAGAGACAUGUCGGCAGGAGACAACUCCUGAGUCAGUGGCGAGCCCUUCGGUCCCGAACCCUCCCCCUGGCGCGGGUGACCAAGCGCACGCCCUCGCCCGUGCAAGACAGACCUGGCAGUAGUGGUAAACAAACAACAGUGACCCUGCAUCUUGACAACAUGCAGCCAGGUUCCACGAGGGAUAAAACCGAGCGACACAAAUCAGUCACUUUGGACAUAAGCAGAAACAGAGAAAAAAGUCCGAAGUCCGUUUUACGGGAAGCUAAAGAGAAAUUGCGCAACAUAAAAGAAUUAACAGUGGCAGCUCGUGAAAAUAACUCAAACGUGAUUCUGCGCGAAGCCAAGCUGCGUCUUCGCAAGCUGGAGAUAGAGGCGGAGGCUGUAGAGAAGUCAUACCUCGACUUCCGUCGACGACAGUCCGAAUUCAAGGCGGAGAGAAACGCUCGCGCGUUGCUUAAAGAUGACACUUUGAAGUCGACGGUUGUCGAUAGGAACUUAGAUGCAAAUGGAACUCGUUCACAACACAAGCUAGAAAAUACUAGCGGAAAUGAAGUUGACGUCCCAUUAACAGACUAUCAGAAAGCUAUAAGAAGUGACUUUGAUAAAUACCUGCGCGAGUAUCAGACGAGUCUGAGCAUUGGAGAAACGCAUUUUAAGAAACACACCGCAGCGGAGUUUAGCAAACCCAUUCCCGAAACAUACUCAUUCAUGCCAACAGACGAUAACAAAGGGAAUACCAGCAACUAUCUAGAAACACCAUUAACAGAGUUCAGAAAACUUUACCGCUCUAGCAGACAAGUCAGUGGGAACGAGGAAAAAACAGAAAAGAUAUUUAAACACGUGAACCCUAAAACAAGCGGUGCUGACCAAGAACCAGCUGAAUGCAGCAGUUCUCGCCAACAUACACCUACCCACAAUCAAGUACAAAGUAUUCUCAAGAAAAAUAAAAAAGAUAACGAAUUAUCCAUCAAAGAAAUCGAAAAUUCUACUGCUCAACAUAUUACGGCGGCAAACGCUACAUCGAAUCCUGAUGAACAAAAUUUGCUUCGAGUUGAAGUAGAGAGUGUAAGCGGGGUGCGAGCGGCAUCUGACGAACUGCUGGUCGUCGUGCAAAACACCAUUGAUAUUCGAGAAGUGUCCAUUGAACAGAACAGUGGUUCUUGUCGCGACAAACCCAAUCAAAUGACAAUCGUGGUCAGUCCAGCUGAGAGCAUGAACCGAGGCGUUGAAGAUAUAGACGUUGAUGUAGAUUUAAAACGUCCUGAGAAGCCUAAGAAGAGUUUAUCACCAGAACAGGAGGCGCGUUUAACUAGAAAUGAUGUGUUAGAUGCUAUAUUCAAUGCUGACCCAGACUAUUUCAAAGUUAAAGCAGUAAAAGAGCCCACGUCUAAAGGGUCUGUUAGCGAUUGUGAAAAGGCAGGGGAAGUGGAUGAUUAUUCAGCUGAUGUUGACAAUUAUAUUAGUCGGUUUAGUUCACCAAUGUCUGUUCUCAAGACUUCAGAAGAUGAAAAUUUGUGGGAUAGCUAA